AUGACAUCGCCGACCAUCCUCCCCGUCGACACCAUCAUGCGCGUUAAGAAUCGAGACACCUCCCUUAUACAGCCGGAAGAGAACGGAACAAGAAAGAUUUCUCUAGGCUUGUUAAGCCCGCCCACUUCGAUCUCGUCUAGGAGCAUCUCGUCCACAAGCAGUUCCAGUCAAUCUUCGACAUCAACCACCACGCGAUUCAUCUCGACACCAACACACUUCAACUCUCCACAGACGAACGAAUUUCUUGGUCUUACUCAAGGCAAAGCCUUGGAGCUCUUUAAGAGCAGGCGCGACAAAGAGAAAGAGAUUGGAGCACCCAUCUCUAUAGAAAGAUGGGUGAUCGACUAUGUCGUCGCAAUCUGUGAAGAUGCACAAGAUUCCGCCGAUGACUGGGUGAAGUUCAUGGAAGAGGCUGGGAUUAAGAAGGAAGUACAGCUUGCCAUCAUGAGAGAAGAGCAUGCAACCAUACGCGGGAUUCAGUCACUGUCUUACUGGCUCGAAGAGAUCAUCGAGACGAACUAUCUUGCCCUCGUAGACAUGAACGCCCGCAUACUAGAAGAGUUGGCUCCUUCAUCGGGAGUAAAUCUGAGAGGAGGAGCAGGAGAUGAAUACACGGUCCCUCAAAUGCCUGGUGGUCAUCUCGCUCUGUACAAGAGCGUCGAGUUCCGAAGAUGCGAAGGUGUCAUCUCUGAAGAUGGAUCAGUCGAUUUGGCACGUCUAGAAUCGACCGGACCAACCGAUUUCGCGAGAAGAGGUGGUUUGUAUUUCACGAAUCAGCUAUGGGUGGCCAAACAUUACGCGAAUCUAAUCAAAGAUGCCUGUCCAGUCGCAGACCGCCGGACCGUGGAGCUGCACGUCCCGCUAUCUCACUUGGAGAAGAUGAAGGUGUGGAAUUUGCGAUUCGAGGACGAAGCCUUCAAGCAACUUUUAUUCUUCUCGAGACGCGAUACAAAGUACCCUAAACACAUAUCGCAGUUACGUGCAGCGCAUGGGAUAAUCUCAGGACCUAUUGGUCAUGUCCACAAUCUGGCUUUCCGAAAGAUGUCGAGUUGGGAACUGAUCACAGAAAAGCAUCAGCUACAGGAGAAGGAAAAGGUUGAGGACAACAAAGGAAACCAGACAGAGGUCACCAAAUACGGAAAGCAGUGGGUUUGGAUUAAAGAAGAGUCAGUGGCACAACUUGAAGCAGACUGUAAAGACAAAGUAUAUCUGAGACUAUCCCGCCAGAAUCUCAAGCUUGUCGUUGAGCCAUGGGACGACAAAUCUGUAAAGGACAAGCGGGUAUAG